AUGAUAACCCCACUGCCAAACAUCAAGGUGACCACCCACCAAAUUCCUGAGUGGCACCACAUCCCGAACACUUCGAUCCAAUCCAAGCCGCUCAUGAUAUACCACGGAGCCUUCAAUGCCACAACCACAGAGCUAGAGAAGCAUCUGGGAGAAGUAGGCGGGGUUGUCCCUCAAUGGGUAUAUACCAUGUACCGCCAAACCCACUUCCACUCCACGACGCACGAGGUCCUCGCGGUGACCUCAGGCAGUGCACGUCUGUGUUUUGGAGGCGAGGAGAAUCCCGAGCGGUUCGAGCCAACAGUCCAGCGGGGUGAUUUGAUUAUUGUACCCGCCGGGGUGGGACAUCGACUCUUAGAGGAGCUGGAUGGACACCAGGAAGACUUCCAACUGCUCGGCGCGUAUCCACCAGGAAAGCAGUGGGAUAUGUGCUAUGGAACGCAAAGCGAGGAUGCGGAGGUGCAGAGAAUCAAGGAUGUGGCUUGGUUCCGUCAAGACCCGCUGUACGGCGUUGACGGCCCUGCUUUGUAUGUUUAG